AAGUAUUUAAUUAUGUGGAAUAUUGGUCAUUUAAUUAGAUUCCUUUAAUUAAUCAUGAUGAAGCGCCUCGAACCCAUGUCCUCAUAUUGAAGCAGCGAAGAAACAACCGAGAAACUUCGUACCGUACUGUUUCUUUUUGUUCUUGGAAUCUUCCUAAUUUCCUUCCCACUUCCGUUUGUAAUCGAUCAUUUUUUUUAAUCUCAAUAAUACCUUUUUAUUUGUGAACAUGGAGAAUAUUAGAGCUAGCAAGAAGAGGAAAAUUAGCAGCGAAGAAUUAGACGAAGAAAAACAAGAAGAGGAAACGAAAAUGGAAACUUUCUUUGCUCUAGUGAGAAGCAUGCGCGAGACACGUGACCGUUGGAAGAACAAAAUGAAUGAGAAUAUUAUCAAAGAAAAUAGAGUUGUUGAUGUUUGGAAGCCUACGUUUGAAGUUGAAGAUUUUGCGGAAGAGGGUGUUAAGUGCCGAAACAUGAAAACUAGGCAUAACUCAUUAGGAGUUGUGUCUGAUAUCAAUAAUAAGGAAGAUGAUGAUGCAGAAAAAGUUGGGAGAAGUGGUGGUGAUGAAGAUGAAGAGGAAGAGGAGAUGAAGAUAGAGAAGUUUUACUCGCUUUUAAGAAGUUUCCGUGACGCACGUGAUCGACGGCGAAGGGAAUUAAUACACGAACAUGAAAAAAACGAGAGCAAUAAGAAAAGGAUGAAGACCACAACAACAUCGAAUCCCAAAAUAGAAGCUUGUUUUGAAUGGCAGGACUUCACUACCGAAAUUCACUUCAGAAAACCCUCUUUGAUUUUUCCUGAUCCAACUCCAAACGACACAAUCGAAGACAACAGCAAAGGUGACAGAAAGGAACAGCUUAAGGAAAAUGCUCUUGAUCUCAAAUUGGCACUCUAGUUUGCGUGUUUCUUUAUUUUUGGUCCUUGGUUACACUUCAAAUAUUAGUAUUACAAAAGCGUUUUUCGGUAACAUUGUGCUAUUGAUUUUUUCUAUGCUAUUCCGACCUACGCUGUCAUUGUAUUUGCAAUAUUGUAGUGAAGCAAUAUUGCUUGAUUAUCUUCAUCUAUAUAUCUACUAACUAGUUUCUUUCUAAGCAUUUUUAUCUUCAAGACCGAGAGAUUAAGAAAUCCCUGAAAUUGAAGCAAGAAGGGCAGAGAAGAAGGAUUCAGAAAUAAAGAAUGGACAAACAAGCUAAAACAUAGGGUCGUCGCCCAAUUUAUCAUGUGAUCGUUAGAUCUUUUGUAAGAUGAGGAGUUUAAUCAGUGUAUAUAUAAAGGGUGAUGGACUCAAUCAAUACAUAAUUUUAAAUAUUUAUAAUAGACUUAA